AUGCAGCGUCAGCCCUGGGAAGUUGCCAAUCAUAAUCCUCUACGUACAUUGCCAAGCAAUACAGACGCUGGCCUAGUCUCACCGCUAGAACACCCCGUUCCUUCUCAUCCACUCGGGUGUGUCCACUCGCAAACCUACUCUGCAGAUGCCAUCACCGCCAGUCUUCAGUACUGGCUCUCGCUGGUGCCAACACUCUCCUGCACGCUGCAUGCUGCGAGCCCUGGCACACGCCAUGUUUGA